GGGGGUCAUAGGAUUGGUAGGAGUGUUUGUAUUUUGCCGUAGUUUGUUUGUAUUAUUUUUUUCCUCGACGUAAAAGCGAAAUGGUGGAGGCUCCUUCAGUCGAAAACGUAGUAAAAGAUAUUGGAGAAAUACAUUCUCGUCUAUUUGAUCACAGACCUUUUGUGCAGGGAGAAGUCAGUUAUUUUCUUAAAGAAUUUGAGGAAAAAAGAAAUGACAGAGAAGUUCAUUGGUUAUUUGAAAUCCUUGAAAAUGUAACAGAAAUAAGAGAAACUCAAAUAGAUAAAGCAAGAAAAUAUGGAGAUAAUCAUUUAUGCAAUUUGACUGCCAAUUUGGAAGUGGCUUUAAGAAUGUGUAAUAAAAUUGUUGAAAGAGGAGAACAGGAUGUGGAAGAGCUCUUACGUGAGAAAAGAAAUCAUCGUGAAGAGGAGUGGAAGUUAUUCUUAGAAGAUAUGCAGGACAAAAAUUUAAAAGUACAACAUGUGUUUGCUGAAAAAGAAAUGCAAUUGAAGAAACACUACAGUGAUCUGGAAGAGAAAUUACAUAUUUCUCCAAGUCAUACUAAUUCUAGAAAAAAUAGUACUUAAUUAUUUAUUUGAAUUAAAAAUCUGUGAAGUCUUUCUUUUAUUUAUUGUAAUGUAUAAAAUAUUCAAUCUAUUACUCUCUCUUGAAGCACUGUUUUCCAAAUUAUACAACACAAGGAAAACAUCAGAAUUACUGGUGAUGGCAAUAAUUUUAUAAACAUAUGUCAAUGUAUUAUAAGCACACCAGACAAAAAAUUGCCUUUCAGAAUGUAUCUAAUUUUCAGUUGACUGUGAAUUACACCACUGUUUGUAGACCUGCUGGACAAUGCUUAUACUUUAACAUGCCUAGAAAUUGAGUGACUUCAUUCACUUCCUGUCUGUGUUUUUUGGGCCACUAAUGUCUGUUGUUGCAUAUUGCAGACCCAAUUCAACACUCACGUUACUUUUCAUAACUUCUCAAGAGAAAUGACCUUGUAGAUCAUAUCUGUGCUAUUUAUCUCCAAAAAUUUCUCUCAUGGCACCCUCUGGUUUCUGUUAGAGGUGACUAAUGUUUUGUCUGGUGUGAUUAUAUUAUUAAUAAAAGUCCUGUUAAUUUAGGGAAACUAAGCAGUCAUACAUGGUAUUAGGAAGAGUGUAUUUAUUCAUAUUAAGCUUUCAAUAUUAACUUCUUUAAAAAAAUAGAACCAAUUAGAGACUUAAUUUUUUCAUCCUUCAUGAUAGAUUCAAUUUUUACAUAAUUGUAUAAGUACAUUAAACUGAUAAUUCCAUAUUGAUUGAUAAUGCCGUGCACGAAAAUGGCAUUUAUCUUUAGAUUAAAAAUAAACGCGCUAUAGAGUUUAUUAUAUAUUCUAUUUUGUAUGCAUUUUAAUUUGGAUCUAGCUGCAAUAAUGGAAAUUGUGAUAUAGAAGUAAGUUUGGGGAGCAUUUUUUCAUGAAGUUAUACAUAGAAUAUUUAUGUUUACCUUUGUAUUUAUUUUUUCAAGAAUAAAUUUUUUAAAUCGA